AUGAAGCUCCAUGCUCUUGCGAGGCAAUGGCUUGCCAUGCUGAAGGACUUGGGAGAUAUGGAUGAGCACAUAGUGCGCAUUCGAAGACUACGUGACGACAGUGAACGCAGCAUGGGGACAACCCUGACAGUCGAGAAGGCUACAUCGCGUCCUCUGGACAACCCCUUCGACGAGCUUCAAUCCACCUGUCACUUCUGGACCCAAUGGGCCAGGACAUAUGCCGAGCGCACAAAUAUCCAGAUCAACUUGAUGCAUCAUAUCGCCACUCAGAAGGACAGUCGUGCCAACCAGGAGAUCAGCCACUUAACGACAGACAUCGCGGUACGAGCGCAGCGCGAGAACGUGUCCAUGUUCACACUUGCGAUCGUGACCGCAGUCUUCCUCCCCGGGACUUUCGUAUCGUCAGUGCUAAGCACCGUUUUCUUCAGCUACGAUGGAUCUUUGCUCUCUAUCUCACAGCUAUGGUGGACUCUCCCCGUCGUGGUGGUUCCCCUGACAUUUAUAGUCUUGUACCUGUGGUUUCGCUGGGUUCAGAAUCUCCUCAAGCGACACAGUACCGCAGCACUGGAGAAACGAAGGGCAGAGUUGGAGGCUACGAUUGCCAAGCGGGAAGAGUAG